AUGCAAUUAAAGCUUCUUAUGUUCGCUGCCCUAGCAGCAGCAGCUCCGAUAGAGGACGUCAAGCGGGAUGUCGUCACUUUGACAACAACUGCAAAUGUUGGUUGGGCUGAGCUCCUCAGUGGAUCCGCUGAGACUACCACUGCUGCUCCAGCUCCAGCCCCUGAGCCUACUGCUACUUCCAAAGGCUUCUUCGCUCAGCUCUUUGGCAGCGAUGAUACCACCACUGCUGCUCCAGCUCCAGCCCCUGAGCCUACUACCUCUUCCAAGGGCUUCUUUGCGCAGCUUUUUGGCAGCGAUGAUACCACCACUCCGGCUGCUGCCGCCGCUACUCCUGUCCCUACUACAUCCGCUGCUGCUACGGGUGCUACGGCUGCUUCGACUCAGGCAGCCUCGUCAGGUAGCAAACUGGGAGGGUUCCUCAGUUCACUACUUAGUCUUUUUGAUGGAUCCUCGUCACUGAGCUCCACAUCUACAACUUCAACUUCGAGCUCUGCGCCCGCGCCCGCAAGCUCGAGCUCAGGAUCGCUGAGUUCAGGUGGCCUUCUCGGCUGGCUAAGUGGUUUGUUUGGUGGAUCCUCGGGCUCCUCGGGCUCUUCAGGCUCCACAGGGAUCUCUUCAGGCACAGCCGGUUCUGGCUCAUAUACCCCAUCACAGACUAGCGGCGGUGCCAGUAGUGCAGGUAGAGAAACCCCAGGGUUCACCGAACCCGUGGUUGUGGGCGGUACUGGAGACGGCUCGGACUCAUCGCAACCGCUGCUGAGUGCUUCCGCUGCUUCGGACUCCCAUGUCGCCAAAAUCGCUGCUUACGCUGAGAAGGGUGCUGGAAUCACCUACUCUCCAUACACUAAGAGCGGUCAAUGUAAGACCGCAAGCGAGGUUGCCUCUGACAUUGCCAAAUUGAGAUCUUUCAAUCUCAUCAGACUUUAUUCUGUGGACUGCUCCGGUAUCCAGAAUGUGGUGAGCGCCAUGUCGUCAUCGCAGAAGCUCUACUUGGGUGUGUGGUCAAUUGACAACUUGGACAGCGACUUGAGCAACAUGGCUCAGCAGGUCAAUAGCGGCUCUCGUGGCUGGAAUGCUGUUCACACUGUUGCCAUUGGCAACGAGCUUGUCAAUGCCGGCACCAAAACUGCCUCUCAGGUGAGAAACGCUGUGAACGAGGCCAGACAGUGGUUCAAGCUGAACGCUCCUUCUUACAAUGGCUACAUUGUCACUGUUGACACCUUGGCGGCUGUAAUGGCCGAUUCACUGAUGUGUGACAUCUCGGAUUACCUUGCUGUGAACUGCCACCCAUACUUCAGUGGAGUGGAGGCUCUGACUUCUGGCUCUUGGUUGAAGCAGCAAGUGGCACAGUUGAGGAGUCACUGCAACAACGGCAAGGACAUUCUCGUCACUGAAAGUGGCUGGCCUUCCUUUGGUAAUACUGUGGGAGAGGCGGUUCCUUCCUUGCAAAAUCAGUUCAGUGCCGUCCGGUCGUUGGGGAAUGUGAUGGGCAGUGAAGUGAUCAUGUUCACUAUGUAUAAUGACUACUGGAAAAACCCUGGCUCCUGGAACGUCGAGCAGCACUGGGGUAUUUACGGCGAUCCAAGCGUUUAA